CCUCGACGUCACUUUCAGUUGACGGACACAGCAGGAAGGCCUCUAACAGGGGUGAUACUUGUUUUGGAUAAGUCGUUAUUUCGUCUUUUGGCAGUAAGAUGUAUUAUAAAUUCAGCGGUUUUACUCAGAAGCUGACGGGAUCUCCUGCUCCAGCCGCCUACGGUCCUCAGGUCUUGAAGCCAGGACUGCCGCCAGAGUCCCCAACCAUGAUCUUCGCCACACCCACAAAGCUGGCAUCUGAGGACGGGUCCAGGGUGGAGUACAUGAGAAAAAACAGGGUGCCUCACUUACAAAGAGUUUUCCAGGUAGCGGAUCAUUUCCCUGUGCACUUGAAGCAUGGAUAUCCUGACAGGCUACUGUACCGCACCACCAUGGCCCUUACUGUAGGAGGCGUCCUCUACUGUCUGGUGGCUAUCUACAUCGCAGCCCAACCAUCCACUAAUAAGUAACCACCGCUCCUCCUAAUUUUGUUCGUGUCAGAUCCCCAGUCAGCACACAGAAGAACCAGUGACCAGUAAAAUCGACUCUCAACACCCCUGUAUCGAUGAUGUCACUGCAGUAUCUCCUGAUACAUCAACCCAGCGUUCCCUCACUGUGGCACAUCUUGAGACUCAUGGGAAUACAAAAGGACACAGGGAUUUGCUGACACCAAUGAAUCACACAUUCUGAGGAAUAAAUACCUGCCAUGUUAGUAGAAAGAUCUCAAAGUUAAUAAAUGUUAAAAGAAAAUGUAA